CAUUUAAAUGAGAUGCAAAUUUGCGCGACGAUAAUGCGAUUAGUUGUGAUUUUAAGCGUUUUAGUACAAAUUUAUGCGAACACCGGCAGUGCACCCUGGACGCGCCAUGGGUUGCUAGUGCUUGGGCCAAAUCCGGUCACUACCGGCACUGGCCGGUCCAUCGGGUCGGUGGCAGGGGAGGAACGGGCGAGCGGACCGGCCGAAGAUAAACGCCCGGAACGGAACGUUUAUCGGACGAAGCUGUCCAAGCUGCGGUUGAUUCUGUUGGCGGACAUGUUGAAUGAAAUACCACCGCCGCAGCUGGAAUUAAUUACUUGCCUGGCGAACUCGUCGGCGCUGAACGUGACCACGAAGCACUGUGACUGUGAGACUUACUCGUGCAAGGAUCUGCUCGCCGGCUCCAGCCCAUCACCGCUCAACUACAUCCAACCGAAGAGGAAAAUCCACACCUCCUGUCGGGAGCAUUGCUGCCGAAAGAAGAAGUUCAACCGCUCGAUCGAUCCAGCAGCGCUCGAGAAUGUGGUCACAUCCUCGCGGCGCUACAAUACCGUCCCGGGCUCGUCAACGGUUCAUCGGUCACCGAUGGGAUCCGCGCUGUCAUUAGCUGCUGGUAGUAGCAUAAGCAAAGGGAUGCAACCGUCGGAAACGCCAUCGUUUCGAUUGCGGACGACUAGUUUACCUUCACCUGCCGGUGUUCGUGACCAUCGUGACCGACCAGCAGCAGCAGCAGCAGCAGCAGCAAAAACGACAACAACAAGGGCCUGCAACAGCGAUGGAAUCGAUCAAGCUUCAAUUGCCAACAAUCGAGUCCAUGCUGUACCGUGGCUUUACCGGGUCGGUUUAAUUGAAACGAAGCAUCCCGUCUGCGUUGGCGCUUUAAUCCAUCCGAGUUUAAUAUUAACAACUGCAGUGUGCGUUAUAAACAAGAAACCGGAAGAACUGGUCGUCUGGAGUGGUAGUCCGGUGCGGAAGGGCGAAGCGGAAGAGUGGACCGGUGUCGGGAGGAUAAUGCUGCCGGAACAAUUCGCCACCACUUUCGAACGGCUUGAGAACAAUGUUGCAUUGUUGCUGCUGGUGCACGGACCAACAUCACCACCACCAUUGCCAUCUCAACCAACCGACGCACCUCGACCGAUCGGCCGAAGUUUGCCGACAGGUGGUGGACUCCGAGCAUGGCCGGUUAGUGUGCGGAACGGUGGCGUGGAACGGAAUCUGGCCCGCACGGUGCAACUUUUCCCGGGGCAGCGGAAACGGACACCGACGUCUAUUUGCUUAUCAUCAAUUAUAGACCGUACGCCGGAUACGGCCGAAAGCUUCUGCUAUGCCGUAUCUUUCCGGAAGACGAAUCUAUCACACUCCCGUACUACAGCAGCAGCGGCACCGCAACCAACGGCAACGGGCAGCAGCAGCAGCACUGACACUGGCGCGAACAACUGGCUGCCCAACGAUGGCACUAAUUACGUUACGACAAAUAUUAGCAUUUUUCCGGCCACCGAGUGUCGACCGGAGCAUCGGGAGUAUCUGCAACACGAUGGCAAUCUGUGCGCUGGCUACGGUGCGGCCAAAAACCGUAGCAUAGAUGUGGACUUUAGCGGAUCACCACUGAUUUGCGAUGAGGUGCAAGAUGAUGGUAAAAUCCAUCGCACCGUACAAGGCCUUCUGACCUGGUCCACCGACAUCAACCAUGCACCCCAUCUGUUCACCAACCUAACCACCUACCGGCCCUGGAUCGAUCGAGCAAUUGCAAAGCUGGACAGUGAAACACAACGUUCCCAGCCCGUACCACGUCCGACAGUGCGGAGCGUUCUUUAUGGAUAA